AUGAGCUUCGCCAUCGAAGUCCCCGGCGAGGCCAACCCGCUGAACUUGCAGGAGCUCUACAAGGCCCUACAGGGCGCGAAUUCCCUCGACAACGCCCAGAGGCAGGCUGCCGGCAAGCAGCUCACCGAGUGGGAGUCGCACCAGGACUUCUAUCCUUCUCUACAGACCAUCUUUCUCGACAAGACAAUACCCCACGAUCUCCGCUUCCUUGCCGUCAUCGUACUGAAGAAUGGCAUCGACAAACACUGGCGCCAUGCUGCAGCCAAAACCGGGAUCAAACCACACGAGAAAAGCGUCAUCAGAUCGAGGUUGUUUCAGGGAACCCUGGGCGAAGAGAACAAGAGCCUUGCACUGCAUAACGCCCUUGUCCUGGCCAAGGUCGUGCGGAGAGACUACCCCGAGCAAUGGCCCGAGGCCCUGCCCACCAUACUCGAUACCCUGAGGGCAACCAAGAGUGGUAACCAAGAGCAGCUCAACGGUGCCUUGGCCAUCUUGAUCCGGGUGGUCAAGGAGCUGGGUACGGCCCGGCUUCGAUCAUCUCAGACUGCGCUCCAGGCUAUCACCCCCGAGCUCUUCUUUGUUCUCGGAGAGAUCUAUGCUGAGAAGACUCAAAUCUGGGUAAGCUGGCUCACCACUGGCCGAGGGGACGAGGAUGAUGCAGACCUUGCUAUGGAGAACAGCUUAGUUGCUGUCAAGAUCCUACGGCGGCUCAUGAUCAUGGGUUUUGAGGUACCGCACCAGGACAAGUAUGCACAGGAGUUCUGGUCGGUAUCCCAAAGUCAUCUGGGCGAAUUUCUUGGCUUUAUCAGCCACGACUCGGCUGUGCCAGCCCCCUACCAGGACACGGUAGGGAAGCAUCUUCUCCAAUUCACAAAGCUACAUCUGGAAAUGUCCGAUGUACAACCUGCCAGUUUCGCUCUUCUCCCAAAUUCGAUACCCCUUGUGCAUGCUUAUUGGGACCUCGUCGCCAAGUUCGCCGAGGUCUUUGACAAAUCAGGUGGCUUACGCCAGAGCACGACAGCAAAUGGAUCUGAAUCCAAGUCCAAGGUGGAAGGCCCGUUGCUUGAGAAACUGGCUCUCAAAGGCCUGCUGCUAAUUAGAAAUUGCAUCUCGAUGAUCUUCAGACCACAGCAGACUUUCAAGUAUCGCAGCCAGGAAGUGAAGAAACAGCAGCAGGAGGCAAUCAGCAUCAUCAAGGCCCAACUGCUGAAAAACGAUUUCGUGCUGCAAAUCGUUAAUGUCAUCAUAACGAAGCUUCUGAUUUUCCGUAAAGCUGAUCUCGAUGCUUGGGAACAAGAUCCUGAGGAAUUCGAAUCCCAGGAACGCCACUUGGGUGAUGCGUGGGAGUGGGAGGUCCGUCCUUGCGCUGAGAGACUAUAUCUUGACCUCUUGACGCACUACAAGGAGCUCUUAAGUCCACCCCUGCUAUCAUAUUUCCAGUCUGCUGCGAGCGCCAACUCAGAUGUUAUUACGAAAGAGGCAAUCUACACCGCAAUGGGCUCAGCAGCAGCAAACUUAUUUGAAGUGUUUGAUUUCGACGGGUUUCUCAAGUCCACUAUUGUGCAGGACGCACAAUCUCAGGGGCCGCUGGCCAAGGUAUUGCGACGCCGUAUCGCUAUCCUGCUCAGCCAGUGGGUCCCGGUCAAGAUCGAGGACUCUAAUCGGGCCCUGGUAUUCGAUGUCUACCGCCAUCUCAUGAAUCACAAUGACGAGGCUAACGACGAGGUUGUCCGGCUCACGGCGGCCAGACAGCUUAAGUAUAUAGCCGAUGAUUUCAGCUUCCCAGGGGACAUAUUUGCAAACUAUGCAGCCGACAUAUUCCAAGAGUUUGCCCACCUUCUCGGGGAGACAGCGGUAACCGAGACCAGGCUCGCAAUACUUGAGACGCUGCGCGUCCUUGUUGCUCGCAUGGAAGAGCACGUCAUACCAUUCGCGGACAAAGUCGUUGCAUCCGUGAGUUCUCUGUGGGACGAGUAUGACGACAAGUAUAUGAUCAAGCAGUCGAUCUUAGCAUUCCUUUCUUGCCUUGUUCUGUCGAUGAGGGGUGCGGCACAGCCCUAUCAACAGUUCAUGUUACCUCUGAUCCUGAAGGCACAAGAUCCGCGUUCUGGGAUCCAUCUAUUCCUCAUUGAUGAGGCUGUGGACUUGUGGAAGGCAAUCCUAAGCCAAAGUUCCUCACCAUUGACGCAGGAGCUGAUAGGCAUGAUCCCACAAGCUCUUCCGCUCAUGGAGUAUGUCUCCAACCUUGCCGAUGACGGCUUGGAAAUCAUCAAAUCAUACAUUACUCUUGCGCCGGAGGCUGUGCUGCUGGACAAUGUCCGGCAAGAGACGCUCAAGGCGCUGGCGACAUCUACAAUGUCAAAGCAACGGGAGCAAGUCUUCCACAGCGUGAAAUGUCUAGAAUUCCUGCUUCGCGCUGCAGCGGACCUCGCGGGCUCCAACGGCAUCACAAUCAUAGUAGAGGACUUGUCACAGAUAGGAUUUCUCCAGCACAUCCUAACGAGCCUGCAGACGGCGUGGGAGUCACAUCAGACGACAGGACCGAACAGGAAGAAGAGCCCCAUCAGCUCCAUUCUCGAGGCAGACUACUUUGCCAUUCUGGCGCGGGUGGCCGUCGCAGACCCCACCAUAUUCGUCAAGGUGAUGGAGGCAGCCGGCGAGCUGGGCGGAGUGUGGAAGUGGCUGGGCGAGGAGUGGUUCUCGAGCUUCGACGCCAUGGCCGACUUCGAGCGGCAGAAGCUCUCCUGCAUGGCGCUGACGCGGCUGCUCGAGCUGCCGCAGCCAAUUGAGGGGCUCGUCCUCGAGAGGCUGCAGGACUACUUCGCCAUGUGGACGAGCGUGGUGGAGAACAUCCGCGACGCGAAUGGAGAUGACACCCAGAUCUGGAGGGAGAUGCCGCCGUCCCAGUGGGACAUGCCGAUGGAGAUCGUCGAGAAGCAGUGGACGAUGAAGGACCCCGUCCACCAGGUGCACACUUAUACCUAUGUCAUGGAACGGCUACAAAACCUGAUCCAGAGGACUGGUGGAGAGGCACAGUUUGAGGCGAACUGGGCCGUGAACAUCGACAAGGAAAUCUUGGUGGGAUUCCGCAACUUGUCGAAUCCCCCGCCGAGAGCGGACUAG